AUGUCCACCACAGCCGCCUCAGCUUAUCCAAUCCGCCGCAGGCCUCGCCUAUGCAAGACCUGUCUCCCUUGCCGAGCCAGUAAAGUGCGCUGCGAUCGCAACCUGCCGUGCGGGAACUGCGCAAAGCGCAACUUCACCUGCUCCUAUAGCCAGGCGCCGCUAUCCACUGGCGCGACGAUACCUCAUCUACAACCACAAUCACAAUCGCAACAACCACUGUCUACAUUACCGCUGUCGCUGCAGCAGCAUAUUAUACAGAGAGAAAUAUGUCCGAGGAACAACCCGUAUCCUGGCGUGACUGGCGAUGACGAUGACGAGGAUGAGGACGAUUCGUCGGAUACGGUGAAUAUCUCGCAGGCGGAAUGGGAGGAUAUACAUACCAAGAUGGGCGCGAUGGAGCAGAUCCUCAACAGUUUGCAUUCGAUAUUCCAGUCACAUUCGGGGCGGCAAUCGCCACCGGCAGAGACAGAGAUGGAUAGAGAAAGACGUCGAUCCCCGCAAGUUGGAAGUAUCUUUCGACCAAGUCCGUUGCUGAAAAAGGGUACUAUACAUAUAGGUUCGCGGUCUGCGUUGGUGGAUAUCUUCAAUAAAUCGAAGACUUCCGAUGACACGGCCCAGGCUUUGCCCAAGGAUGAUCUGCUUGCGGAGCUGGCGCUGGGAAAUCAGUCCGUCGCUUAUCCCUUUGUCGAUCUUUGGUCGUCGGACCCGUUUACGUUUAAUAUUGUUGCAGUAUGUGAUGUGUUACCGGUGGAUGUGCAAUGUUAUAGAUUUUUUGAUUACUACAAAAAUAUCGGCGCUGUUUUAUACCCCGUUCUUUCAGAUAUCGCCCAAGUCGAGCAAAGUGUACAGCAAUUACUACAGAAUCGUGCAGCCGCUGGCGGAGGAUACCAUCCAGAUGAUAAUGGCCUGGUGAAGCCGUUCGGUAUGAGCUUGGGCUUUUUGAGUCUUCUUUUUGCCAUUCUUGCCUCUGGGUGCCAACUGUCUGAUCUGCCUGCCAGUGAGCGGGAGUUGACUUCGUGGGUUUACGUAUCCUGUUCAUACCAAUGUCUGCGGAUGAUGAAUUAUGUCGCGCAACCCACUGUAGAGGUAAUACAGAUCUUGUUGAUUAUUAGCAAUGUUUUGUCGUAUAAUAUGAAUGCCGGUGCUUCGUAUACCUUGCUUGGAAUGACGGAGCGAAUGUGCAUGGUCCUCGGUCUUCAUGUCGAAACGCCAGGAUUCUCGCGAUCCGAGCAGGCUGUUCGCAGAAGAAUAUGGUGGACAAUGGCUUUCCAAAACAGCCAUUUCUCGCUAGCAUAUGAUCGACCAUCCAUCACCAUGGUUAGUCAACCAGAGAUACAAUAUGACCGUAAGUCGAUGCCCGGACAUCGGUCAUAUUUUGAAUCACUCUGCCGGGUAGUAUCGCUAGCACUCGAGAUGCUUCGAGGACGGUUAGACUCGGAACAUUCUCAUGUCCGAUAUCACGAUAUCCGCGAGUAUAAGCAACGCAUGCAUCGCAUUCUGGCAGAAGCUGCCCCGCACUUGCGAUUCGCAGACCGUUGCGUCACAAUAGCUGAUAACAUCGAGCGGACGGAGUUGCGACUGCAUUCUUGUUACCUGAUCUCCGUGCUGUGUCGUAUUUCACUAGACCCGGACUCACAUCUAGAUGGCCAUCGCCGCGCACUAGUCCGUGAGGAUUGUAUAGCAAACCUGGUCGGAACCAUCGAAGCAUUCGUCGAGCUACACUCGAUCAACCAUCACUGUUCACGAUCCUGGAUCAGCGUACAGCGCGCAAUCGCAUGCGCAUUCCUCCUAGUUGCCCACGAUGGCCAAUCCCACCCGCGAACACGUUUCCUAAUCCAAAAACUCCAAGACGUCCUCGCAGACCACGUAUACGCCGACGGCGCAGUGGCACACAACAGCCGCACCGAUUCAGCCAAACAUUUGGCAACUUCCCUCCGUGCUCUGCGCGAAAUCAGCGCGGCAUUCCAGGCGCGACAGAUGCGCACGCCUCCUGAAAGCGACGUUGUGUCCAAGCCGGACACUCCCAAUAUAACCGUGACGAUGCCGUCUGCUUCGGGGUCAGUGAUGGCUAACCCGGGUAUGGCAGCGCCUGCGAUGCCGAGAUAUGGCCAGAGCCAAACCUAUGUUCCCAUGGAGUACGAAUAUCCGGAUAUGCGCAAUAUCCUAGACCAGGUUUCGGAUGUCAUGUUGUUUCCGAGUAUGUCGGAGUGA